AUGAAAGGCCUCCAGAUCCUCGUCUCAUCCAUCCUCGCCUUGGGGGCUCUGGCAGAUCCCUCCGCACAGAUGGACAAGAGAGCUGACCGCGGUUCCUACACCGUCUCCGGACUUGGCCAGCGCAAGCAGGCUAUCCUGGACGCGGGUGGGAACACUCUUGAUCUCGCCAUCGCCAUGCUUGAGACAUCACCGGGUAUUGACCAAUUCAGUGAGGGAAUGACCACCGACUACGUCUACGGUGAUGCGAAGACCAGGGAUGCUGCCAACUUCGGCCUUUUCAAGCAGAACUGGGGCUUGCUGCGCGUCUGCGCUGAUCGGGCUGGCUUUGUCGGCCAGUCCGAGGAUGACUUCUUUGGCCUUGCAUCGAAGAUCUACCCUCUAACCCAAGUGUCUGUGCCUAGUUCGGACGUGUAUGCCGAUGUCGCCUCCCGCUGGGAUUGCCAGGAACACUAUGGCGAGCAGAAGUGGUUCGCUGGCCACCGAAACGGUGAAAGCGGACUCAACAAUCCUAACACCCAGGAUAUCAACAACUACAAGAAUGCCGUCUACUGGAUCAAGGAGCAAAUCGAUAGCAACCCUGCUCACAAGUCUGAUGACACCCGCUUCUGGGUCGAUGUUGUGGCUAUCUAA